CAGCUUCCUUUGCUUUUCAAAGGGAAAUAUAAAAAGGAAGAAUAAAAACUGUUGCUAUUUUCUAGUGUGUGUUUGACAGUUUGAGCGACAAAAAUGCUGCGGAAGCUGCUUUUUCGACAAGCUCCCAGAGCUUACCGAUUCCUGUCUACUCAGUCAACGCUUCCUUUACUCAGCAAAUGCUCUGUUUUCUCUUAUUGUUCAUCAUCACGACCUGAAAUCCCUCCUAGUAAUUCCAUCGAACACCUUGAAGAUCAACCCACCAACACCAUUUCCAUUGAUCGUUCUGGACUAUGUAGUCCCCCUGAGCAUUCUCAUGAACCUUCCUCAGACUCUGAACUUGUUAAGCAUCUCAAAGGCAUUAUUAAGUUUCGUGGUGGGCCGAUAUCUGUGGCAGAAUAUAUGGAAGAAGUCUUAACAAAUCCCAAGGCUGGGUUCUAUAUUAACCGGGAUGUCUUUGGAGCUGAAGGUGAUUUCAUAACAUCUCCUGAAGUAAGCCAGAUGUUUGGAGAGAUGGUUGGUGUUUGGGCUAUGUGUUUAUGGGAACAAAUGGGACAACCGAAGAGGGUGAACUUGGUUGAGCUUGGCCCUGGCAGAGGAACUCUAAUGGCCGAUCUUCUUCGUGGUGCAUCAAAAUUUAAAAAUUUUACGGAGUCAUUGCAUAUACACAUGGUAGAAUGUAGCCCUGCAUUGCAAGAACUUCAGCACCAAAGCUUGAAAUGCAUGGAUGAAGAAAAUACUAGUGAAGGUGUUGAUAAAAGGUCUCUAAGCACAUUGGCUGGAACACCUGUAUCGUGGCAUGCAACACUGGAACAGGUUCCAUUUGGAUUGCCGACCAUAAUUAUUGCCCAUGAGUUCUAUGAUGCACUGCCAGUUCAUCAAUUUCAGAGGGGUUCUCGUGGCUGGUGUGAGAAAAUGAUAGAUGUCACAGAAGAUUCAUCGUUCCACUUUGUUCUAUCUCCACAGCCUACACCCGCAACUCUUUACCUAAUGAAGCGCUGCAAGUGGGCUGUGCCCAAAGAAGUUGAGAAACUUAAUCAAAUUGAGGUUUGCCCCAAAGCAAUGGAUUUAACUAGUACACUUGCGAAGAGAAUAGGUGUUGAUGGAGGUGGAGCACUUAUUAUCGAUUAUGGCCUGAACGGAGUAGUGUCAGAUAGUCUGCAGGCAAUUCGGAAGCACAAGUUUGUUAACAUACUUGACAACCCUGGGAGUGCUGAUCUUAGUGCAUAUGUCGAUUUUGCAUCAAUCAAGCACUCUGCCCAGGAAGCUUCAGAUGAUGUAUCUGUUCAUGGCCCUAUUACUCAGUCUCAGUUCCUUGGUUCACUUGGAAUAAACUUCCGAGUUGAAGCUCUGCUACAAAACUGCACUGAUGAGCAAGCUGAAGCUCUAAGGACCGGAUACUGGCGUUUAGUCGGUGACGGUGAAGCCCCCUUUUGGGAGGGACCAGAGGAACAAGUACCUAUCGGGAUGGGAACCCGUUACAUGGCAAUGGCCAUUGUUAACAAGAAGCAAGGCAUCCCAAUACCAUUUCAGUGAAGUUUUAAACAAUAUUGCUAAAUUAUCUUUUCCUGUUACAAUUGAAUAAAAGCAGGAUUUUGUUCUGUCUAAAUCUUCGUUCAAGUUCCAGCUAUGAUGAUAGAAUGCACUUAUAAAUUCUUUUUGUUCUUCAGUGUUCCAUAUACCCUUUUGCUUAGAUGAUGGUCAAAGAAUAGCCCAGAACUCAAAGUAUAAAAUUUUCACUUAUGGAUACCUCUAUUUUGAUCUUUGA